GUGUCCUUCUUAAUCAGUAAGUUAUAGCUUCCCCAAAAUGAAUCUCGCGCUCUUGCAGUUCUCUGCUGUUGGUAUUUUUGCAUUGACACCUCCUUCGUUUACGCUUACCGACGAGUGUGCUGCAAGCAAUGCAAGCUGCAAUAACGAGACCAUAAUCACUGUGGAUGACCUCCGACGCUUUGGCCUGCCCAAGCUCAACAAGAUGGUGCGCGACUACUACGAGAGUGGUGCGGACCAGGAGCAGACACUGCGAGAAAACGUAGAAGCCUUCAAGAGGUGGCGGAUGCUGUACCGCGUCCUUGUGAACGUGAGCCAAAGACACCUGAACACGACUGUACUCGGAAAGCGCGUGAGCAUGCCCUUCGGCAUUGCGCCAUCGGCCAUGCAGAAGAUGGCACACUCUGACGGGGAGAACGGCACUGCUGUGGGUGAGUAA